AUGGGACUUGAUGUAGACGAUACCAAUUCCGCGAUACAGUACUCCUCUGGGUGGACGAACCGGCCUGCGUUAGGGCAGUACCAGGAAACGGGCCAUGCGACGAGCCAGGCGGGUGCGUCGCUCACGUUCACGUUCGAAGGCACAGCGAUCCGUAUGAUAUGCACCGUCCCUGGAGGCCACGACCUCUACUCGCGCGCUCAAGUCGUGCUCGACGGGGGCUCUCCCCGGCUGCUCGAACACACCACCCACCCGUCCGACUUCUACAACGACCAGUGGUACGACUCGGGCUCGCUCUUUAACGGUCGGCACACUAUCACUGUCACCAACCCGGGCGGGUCGAGCGCCGCGCCGUUUGUACUGGACAAGUUCAAUAUCGAUGGGACGGUGGUGAAUGUGAAUCCGCCUGCGGCAGCCCCUACGACGACGAGCACCCGGAGAGAGGUGAUUACGUCGACGCAGGUCGUUAUUGCGACACGGGUGACGACGACGGAUGCCGUUAUCUCUGGGAGUACGACGAGGGUGUCGACGCUCAUUACCUCCUCCUCAACCUCGACGGCCACGUCUACGGUCUCCGUCUCAGAGACGAGCGCAAGUGCAACCUCGCACACAGACUCUCAAUCCACAGAGAGCUCUUCGGAGAAAACAGUAACUGCUGUCCAGUUUCUGACUUCGACCGCCGCCGAUGGCUCUGUUUCGACCCAAACCACAUUACCUUCCACGAACGACCCUACCUCCGCGUCUGCUACUUCCGAAAAACCUCUAGGGCUCAUUAUAGGGAGUGUCCUAGGUGGCACAGCAGUCAUUCUCCUUUUCCUGCUGCUCCUUAUUUGUCUACGACGGCGGAACAGAACACACAUUUUGCUUCCUGACGAUAGAGAAGCACGUCCCUCAAGACACCGCGACACAGCAGUAACGCCCUUCAACCUCAACCGCUCCGGCUCGGGCGCUAGCCGGAGCGGCGACCUUACCGCCAUCAACUCCAGCACAGGUCACACCCGCUCCUCCGAGAGCGCGAACGACCAUCCACCCUACAUAGCCGGUGCCGCAGGAGUUGCCUACCUCGCGCGGAACAUCUCCGAGAAGUCUAGGCACCUCUACAUCAGCGAAUCCCCCACCUCGUUGUACAGCCCAAGCGCGCAUCCCGCGAACGAUCCCUUUACGUCGCCGCCUAUCAGGCUACUGCCCGCGACGCGUAGUACCCCUACUACGCUCCCGCACCUCGACACAGGUGGCGGCGGGCCGUCCCUUACGCGACCGAACUAUAUGUCUGGGGAGACGGUGAUGAUGAGCUCGACCGAUAUUUAUGCACGUACGCCCGCGCUUGGACCGGUGGAUUCAAGGGACGUGCCGCCUGCGUAUCAGAGUGUACGGAAUACGAACUCGGGGGCGUCUUUUGCAGCAUCGACACUCCGUAAUACCCAAGGUGCUGGUUAA